AUGUGGGCAUGGGUACGAGCAGGAGUUACUAGGGUAGACUUACAAAGGGCUCUCUGGGUUCCAGCAACAGAAAUGAUUGGCUCCCAAACACAAAGAAGAUGCAUAGACCGCGAGCAACAUUUGAGCUCGAGUUGGCAACCAUCGAUGCUGGUAAAGUCUCAGAUUGACAAGCAACGUGCAUACUGGCCCAAAAGCAGACCUCGAGAUCGACUUGCGCUACAUGAAGCCACACGGCAAUUCGAACUUGCGACACUGAGUAUUAUGGCCCGGUUGUUAGAUUCUGCUAUCCUACCGUCCUUAGGAAUCACUACACACUUCCUACCCUUUCCAUCCAUUUUAGCUGCCAGCGUUUUGUAUGUGCAAGGCAACUUCCUUAACCGUCCUUUUGCUUUGCCGAUUAAGUUCAAUACAAAUCCCCGUUCCGUCUACCUCAGCCUUCCACUCUCUGGCCGCAAAUCACUUCCAAGUACUCGUAUUCUUGCCCACAAGAACACCUUUGCUGUGGGACAUAUUGAUAUUCCCCUGGUAGCGGAAACCUUACUAUUCGUUGAUGAGGCGGUGGUCGCUGAAGAGAGAGAUCCGAUUGCUGAAAUGGGACAACAUAAGGCCAAUGAAACCCCAGUACACCCACACGAAAGCGGUGAAAAGAUUUGUAAAAGCAGUAACGCAUAUGCGCAAGACGAGAUCGAAUCUAUGAGAGUUCUCUAUCAGUCCACUGAUGUAGUCCUAUUACUGUUGACCGAGAUCGUGAUUCUAAUGGUACUUUCACCUUUUGGACAAACCCCUGGACUGAAUAUCGGAUCACCGGACGCCCAUCCUGAGGAGUUGCUCCAGACUGACGAUUGGCCUCGUCAAAGCCGGGGAGAAGGACAUGAUAUUGUAAUUACAAAAGCUGGAAGGUUGGAGCUUGAAUGA